AUGGCGAAUAUCUGUAAACAUCCGCCAAUACUUGACCGGAUUGGAGAAAUCAUAGGGCAGGAAAAUAUUCCGGAAUCAAGUAUGAAAUCAUCAAGAGUUUGUACCCAAGCACAGGCCAAAAGUGUAAUUGAAGAAUCAACAACGUGUAUGGUUCCAGAUAAAUGGAAUUUGGUACCCGAUUGUAGAGCAAAGGCAGGAUUUGAAACAGGAUCAUUUGAUAAAGUUGUAAACAACGAUAAGAAGGUAAAACAGAUAAACAAGAACGAUGAAUUAAUUUGCCGCCAACAGUUUUUAAAGCCAAAGGGCCUUCAUCCAUAUCAAGGCAAUGAAGGGAACAGCUGGGGCAAGGAGUAA